CAUGACAAACGUGGUUUACAAGACUAUUGGGAUGAUUCACACUCUGUUAUUAGUGUUAGUUCCAACAAGAGCUUGAAUUUGGAUGAUAAUAAGCAUGUACCUGACCGGUUUACUAAGAACAGUAAACAUACAGCCACUGUUUUGGCGGAAAUGUUUGGGGAAGAUGUUGUGACUACAACAGAUUCUAAUAGUAGUGACCGUAAAAAAACUUUCACCUUCUUCAGUAACUACGGGUUCUUACUGGAAGAAGCCACUUUUGGGAAUUCUGAUAGAUCAAUGUAUCAGAACAACAGAUCGUUCAAUAAGCCGUACUCCUUCACCAUACCAAAAGCACAAGACCAUCACAGUAAUAUCAAACCUAGUGGAAAUUAUACACUUAUUACGAUAUUCAUUGGCAUAGUGUCUCUACACUGUUUAACAGCAGCAAAAGUGACAGAAACAAGUUGUACAAAAGGUACAGCAAACCAGUGUGAGCAUACUCAAAAUGCAGAAUGUGACGAUGCUGAAACUGAUUCUAAAUGCAAAUGUUCUGACGGAUUUGCAGAGGACAGAACGGACGGUAGUACCUGUGUGAAAACUGUCAGUGGAACAACUUGUGACGCAAAUGGAAAUGAAUGCAACAGCAUUUCAAACUCUCAAUGUGACACAAAUUCGUGUAAAUGUAAUGAUGGGUUUGUCAUGAAUGUAGAUGUUUGUGAUGCAGACACCUCUGGAAAAGUGACAGAAACAGGUUGUACUAAAUAUGCUACAGACCAGUGUAAGCAUACUCCGAAUGCAGAAUGUGACAAUGUGGAAACUGGUGCUAAAUGCAAAUGUUCUGAUGGUUAUGCAGAAGAUAUAACGGAUGGUAAAACCUGUGUGAAAAUAAAAGUGACAGAAACAGGUUGUACUAAAGAUGCCUCAGACCAGUGUAAGCAUACUCCGAAUGCAGAAUGUGACAAUGCUAAUACUGAUUCUAAAUGCAAAUGUUCUGACGGGUUUAUAGAGGAUAAAACGGAUGGUAGCACCUGUGUGAAAGGUUAG